AUGGUUGUUUCAGACAAGUGGCAAUUGGUGGAGAAAGAGAUUAAUGAUAAACAAUUAAAUGGUGCUUCAGAGACACAAACAUUGAUCGAGAAACAGCCCGAUGUAAAACCAAAACCCGAAUUAAAUAAUUUUAAAGCUAAUGAUAAUAUUGCAAAAACUUCAGAGAUUCAGCCGGUUUCAGACAAAUGGCAAUUAGUGGAGAAAGAGAUUAAUGAAAAAGGAUUACAUGGUGCUUCAGAGAUGCAGACAUUGAUUGAGAAACAGCCCGAUGUUUCACCAAAACCCGAAGUAAAGCCAAAGCCGCCGUUGAAAGCAAAGCCUAGUUUACAGCCAAAACCCGAUUUUAACCCAAAACCAGUGCUCAAGAAAACAGUGUCCCAACCAUUGCCUACUUUUUCGGCCAACCUUUUACCCCGAGUAGUGUUGAUGUACUGCAUUUUUUUGAAACACAUAAUAAUAAUGAACUCUCAAAUGGUGUGCGAGUCGUGCAAUGGAGUCCGCGGCCAGACUGUGGUGAUUAUGUGCCGUAAAUGCGGACCAAUUUGCGAGUUUUGUCGACUACUUCACCACAAACUCGAGGCAUCUAAAGAGCACCGAUUGAGUCAAUUAAUUGCUGUUCAAUCGCCUGAUGUGACUGGUAGCCAAAGUGCCUCCCCGUGUCCGCCCGCUCAGCCAAUUGAUGGCCACUCGAGAGACACUAAUACUGCCACUAAUUUGUCGCACACAUUAUCGAUAGAUAUCGGCCCAAAUGAUCCAUUAAAUCCCUCCAUUGACCAGUCUAUCAGUGGAUCCCAAAGGGCUGGUAAUUAUGUGACAUCCAAUUGGGGACCGACCAGUCGUACGAGCCAUCAUGUACAGUGGAUAUGUGACAAACACAUAUACUCAUACGGCUACUAUACCACAAACACACACCAUAUCAGCGCUACGGACACCAGUUACAAAUAA